UAAUCAGGUUGAUUACAAUUAAUCUUGUUUUAUAGAGGAAAUCUGUGAAUGUAUUUUUGCCCUUUUUAAAAAUUAAGAAUACUAACAACAUGCCUAGAGGUAGUGAGGAAAUAGACAUGUCUGGAAUGGCUCAAUCAGAAAUGAGUCAUACCAGGUCUCCAGCAUCACACCAGUAAAUAUUUACCAGAGGAUACAGAGUGAAAGUUUGGAGACCAAAGCUUGGACUUAAACUCAUAGAAUGUAAAAAAGUUAAAAGGGAUCUAUGAGGUCAUAUGGUCCAGUCCACUCAUCUUGCUGAUGAGGAAACCAAGGAAAAAAGAUGAAGCAAUUUCACUUUCAGACAGCCUAGUGUCAAGGGAAGUAGGGAAGAUCACUGGAUAUCAACUUCAAGUUGAAACAAGUUUUCUCAUCUGUUAAAUGAGCUGAAGAAGGAAAUGGCAAACCGCUCAAGUAUGUCUGCCGAGAAAACUCCAGAUGAAGAGUUGGACACUACUGAAGCAAGAGUAACAACAAUGUACCAGAGACCAACAUACCACCUAAAGGAACCUGAAAAGUCUUGUUAAGGAUUAUGUUUCCCCGAACAACAAAUGAAGGCUUUAAGGACAUGGACUAUAUCUUCAUUACUAAUACCAAUGGAAGGCCAAGUACUCCCAAGUCCUUGGGGAUCCUCACAUGGCAUCAACUUGGGACACUUUACCAUCCAUGAGUAGUGGUAGUCAUUCUUGAGACAUCCCUCUGUUGCAGCUCUAUGAUCUUCCAAUUCUUCUGGCAGAGCAGUCUUCCACGAGAAUAUCUCUGUAUUUCUCCAGUUAACUAAAAAGCUCAGCUCAUGAGAUCUCCACUCCUUCUUCAGUGCUGCCAAAUCCCUUAGUCUCUGGGUGCCAAACUGGUCUGCUACUUUAUACCAAACCCAGAGGGCAUGGAAUUGCAGAUGGCUGUGGACAUUGUUCUUUCAGGAGGUGAAAGUCAACCCCUGGGAAAAGACCAGCUUGAUGGAGUCUUUGGACAAUGCCAACUCCUGUGUGAGGGAGAACAAUCCAGAGGAAGAGGAAGGAAGGAAGCAGCAGCACCCAAAACGAAAAGUUUCUGUUCAGUAAGAUAUGGCACGGCCAACAUGAUACAUUUCUGUAAUCUAGUAACAACCACACAAUUUGCCAGUAUGAACAUUGCCAUCAUUGGCAUGGUGAACCACACAGACCAGUCAAAUCAAUCCAAUGUUUCCACAAAGAGACAUCCUGGUGCCGCUGCAGAUAUACGGGGGAUGAACUUCAGCGCUCUGCCUGCAUUUUGGCCAAGAUGGGCUCCACCACUGGAACGUACUCAACUAAGUACCAUUGGUUUAUCUGGUACAACAAUGGGAAAUUUCAUUGUGGUCAUCGGGGGUGGUUUCCUCUGUGAGUCCCCAGGCUGGCCAAGUAUCUUCUACAUAUUUGGAGGCAUUGGCUGUGUCUUCUCUAUUAUCUGGUUUUCUGUGGUUCAUGAUGACCCUAUGAAACACCCAUUUAUAAGUGACAGUGAAAGAGAAUACAUUAUUUCUUCAUUGGCUGAACAGGUGAAAAAGACUAUAGCCAAAUAAAAUGAAGUGACUUAUCUCAGGUCACACAGCUAGUAAAGGACUGAGCUGUCUUGAACUCAAGUCUCCUGUAGCCACCUUCAACGUUCUUUCCUCGACAUCAUGCAAUCAGAAUUGAAUGGCUGUGAGAGCUCUUCUUUAAGUUGCCCCUAUAUUGCUCACAAGUGCUCAACACAUCAGAAAUGAUAAGAAAAAAGCUCGAAAUCGCUAAUAACAGAAAUGCAAAUGAACACAAUUAGAAGAUGUGGACCUUACACUCCUAAAAUUCACUAAGUAAAUAAGGGAUGAAAAUAGUAUCUGUUGGAGGGACUGCAAAAAGACAAACCCACAGGUGCACCAUAUAUUAGUUGAGCUCUGAAUUGGCCCAACUGUUGUUGAAAAUAAUUUGGGAUUAUGUGAAAAAAAAAGUGAUGAAAAUAUACAGAACUAUUGAACUAGCAUUACUACAGCAAGACAUGCACUCCAAAUGUCAAGGGGAGAAGGAAAGCUUUGAAUAGCAAAAUAUUCACAGUGCCACUAUUUCGUAGAAACAAAAGCCUAGAAACAAAGUUGCCUGCUGAUUGGAAAAUGACUAUACAAUUAUAAAAACGAACAAAAGGGAAUAUUUUAUUGUCAUAAGUAUUUGAAACUAAAAAAAAACUCUGGAAGAUUUGUUAUCACCUGAUGCAGAGCAAACAAAGCAGAACAGAGAGAACAAAGUACACACUGGCCACGAUAAUGUAAACAGUCCAAAAAAGUACUGGAUUGGAAUUAGGGCAAAGAUUAGUCUUGACUCCAGAGCUUUAAGGAUGAAACAGGAUAAAGAAACAAAUAAGCAAUAAACAGUGAAGUCUGGAAAUAGUGUCAGGGUGCUUUACUUUUCUCCUCUCUGCUACAAAGGAGGAGUCCAUGGAGCCAGGAAAGUUAUGUCAAGAGGGGACAGUGGUGUUUGGGGGAAGUGAGAGGGAGAGGAAAGGUAUCAAUACAAUUUUUAAAAAAUAAAAAUAUUUGUGACAGCCUGA